UAAGUUCGGAUGUACCCGACCCGUAUAACACAUUCGGAUCCGGAUCCUGCAGUGUCAUCACUGAUCAGAUUUUGAUGAAGAGUUAGGGAGUGUUGUGAGCUUCAGCAAAAUGCGCGCCCUAGCAGCUCAGUUCUCUAAUUAUUUAUGCAGAAGAAAAGUUGGGGUCAAUCCGCGAUCUCGUAAUUUUUCAUCAUAUAAUAGCAAAGAUGAGCUAACCAUUGAGGAAGAAGCUGAGAGGAAAGUCGGAUGGCUAUUGAAGACGAUAUUUUUUGUGACUGCCGGGGUAGCAGGAUACCAUUUCUUUCCUUAUAUGGGAGAUAAUUUGAUGCAACAGUCUGUUUCACUUUUGCGUGUCAAGGAUCCCUUGUUCAAAAGGAUGGGAGCUUCUAGAUUGGCUCGUUUUGCGGUAGAUGAUGAAAGAAGGAAGAAGAUAGUUGAGAUGGGCGGAGCUAAGGAACUCUUAAAUAUGUUAAGCACUGCUAAAGAUGACCGUACACGGAAAGAAGCAUUGCACGCUCUUGAUGCAUUGUCACAAUCAGAUGAAGCUCUUGCAUCCUUGCAUCAUGCCGGGGCCAUUUCAGUAAUUAGGUCUGCACCAAAUUCACUUGAGGAUGCAGAAGUUGAGAGAUUCAAGUUGAGCUUGAUGAAAAGGUUUCAAGAUCUCAGAUACGAUGAUGUGUCAUCAUGAGUUGAGGUGCAUGCCUAUUUGUUUUUUUUUUUUGGGUGGUUGGAGCAUGAAAUAUCAUGAUAUGAGAGAUUAAGCUGGCAACCAAAGUAUUUUUGGGGAAGAGUAUUGGAAAUUGCAGUGUAUCCUUUGACUAGGUCUAAUGAAAGACUAUAGUUCUAUUGUCAUUUUGUUUUUCUCACUUGUCAAAUGCGAUUUGUCGCUCAUUGUUAUGUCAAUCAUAAAUACAAUGGAAAAGACUUAUGUGCGUGUCAAUUUUAGUUUUUAAAAUGUAUAUGCAUUUAGAAGAUAAAUAGAUUACAACAAACUAGUAUUGAAGUUGUAAGUGUUUGGAUACUAUAACUGUAUAUUUGGUUAAAACUACUAGAUUAAAUUUAAGACAUUAAUGUGAUU